AUGGCUGCCAUGGGCGCCAUUUUGAAAAUUCAUUGUGGCUCCAUAUCCAAAUCUUUUGAGAAUGCCUUUGGCUAUAAGUCAGAUCGUAGUCUGCAGGGGUUUUUAGAUGAACAUAAGCUCAGUCUGAGGAGGAGAUGUGAACAUGUGACUGAAGGAACUGAUGAAAAAGGAAGUAGAACCCUCCUCAACAGGAUCUACACUGAGCUCUACAUCACAGAGGGACAGAGUGAAGAGGUUAAUACUCAACAUGAGGUGGGGCAGCUUGAGACGGCUUCCAAGAUGAAAGGCCUCCACGACACUCCCAUCAAGUGCCACGAUAUCUUUAAAGCCUUAACUGACCAGCAGAGCAGCAUCAGAAUCGUCAUGACCAAUGGUGUCGCUGGCGUUGGAAAAACCUUCUCAGUGCAGAAGUUCACUCUGGACUGGGCAGAGGGUUUAGAAAACCAAGAUGUGGGUCUGCUGAUUGUGCUUUCUUUCAGGGAGCUGAACCUGGUGAAAGACGAGCAGUACAGUCUUCUCACGCUGCUCAGUGUUUUCCAUCCAACGUUAGAGAAGCUCACGGCAGAGACGCUCACUGUCUGUAAACCUUUGUUCAUCUUAGAUGGCCUGGAUGAAAGCAGACUUUCUCUGGACUUCAACCACAGGGAGCUUGUGUCUGAUGUCACACAGAGGUCAUCAGUCAACGUGCUGCUGACAAGCCUCAUCCUGGGGAAUCUGCUUCCCUCUGCUCUCAUCUGGAUAACCUCCCGACCUGCGGCAGCCAAUCAGUUUCCUCCUACAUGUGUUGACAGGGUCACAGAAGUACGAGGCUUCACUGUUGCUCAGAAGGAGGAGUACUUCAGGAGGAGAUUCAGUGAUGAAGAGCUGUGCAGCAGAAUCAUCUCACACAUCAAGACGUCCAGGACCCUCCACAUCAUGUGUCAAAUCCCAGUCUUCUGCUGGAUCAGUGCUAAAGUUCUGGAGGACAUGUUGACCACAGACCAGAGAGGAGAGCUGCCCAAGACCCUGACUGACCUCUACUCCCACUUCCUGCUGGUUCAGACAAAGAGGAAAAACAACAAGUACGGUGAGGGACAUGAGAUGACUCCACUGCAGCUGACAGAGGCUGACAGGGACGUUCUUCUGAAGCUGGGGAGGCUGGCGUUUAAACAUCUGGAGGAAGGAAACAUCAUGUUCUACCAAGAAGACCUAGAGUGGUGUGGUCUUAAUGUCACAGAGGCCUCAGUGUACUCAGGAGUUUGUACUCAGAUCUUCAGAAGAGAGUGUGUGAUCUUCCAGAAAUCAGUCUACUGCUUUGUUCAUCUGAGCGUCAUGUUCCACUGUUACACCAAGAGGAACACAGAAGAACUCAAAUACUUCUUGGGAACAUAUGGGGACACAGACAGUACUUUCUCCCUGGAUGACUUCCUCAAGGGAACGAUGAGGAAAUCCCUCACCAGUACAAAUGGUCAUCUGGACCUGUUUGUUCGCUUCCUUCACGGCCUCAGUCUGGAGUCCAACCAGAGAGUCUUAGGAGGCCUGCUGGGUCAGAAAGAAUACAAUCCAGAGAUCAUCCAAAGAGUCAUCCACAACCUGACGAAGAUGGAGAGUGGUGACAUCUCUCCUGACAGAAGCAUCAACAUCUUCCACUGUCUGACUGAGAUGAACGACCACUCAGUUCAUCAGCAGAUGCAACAGUUCCUGACGUCAGAGAACAAAUCAAUGAAGAAACUCUCUGAGAUCCACUGCUCAGCUCUGGCCUUCAUGCUGCAGAUGUCAGAGGAGGUUCUGGAUGAGUUGGACCUGAAAAAAUUCAACACACCAGACCAGGGUCGACGGAGACUGAUCCCAGCUGUGAGGAACUGCAGGAAGGCUAUACUCAUUGGUUGUGGACUCUCAGAGACUCACUGUGAAGUCGUGGCUUCAGCUCUGAAGACGGACCCCUCACAUCUGAGAGAACUGGAUCUGAGCUUCAACAGCCUGCAGGAUUCAGGAGUGAAGCUGCUGUGUUCUGGACUAGAGAGUCCAAACUGUCGACUGGAAACUCUAAGAACUGCCCUGAAGAUGGUCCAAAGCAUAUUGCAAAAGGUCAAAGCCAUUGUUGAGUUUUUUCACAGGAGCACAGUGGCUUCAGAGAAGCUCAAGGCCACUCAGCAACAGAUGGGACAGGAGCAAUUACGCCUAAAGCAGGAUGUGGCCACAAGGUGGAAUUCAACAUUCUACAUGUUGAAAAUAAUCUUAGAGGUCAAAGAUCCUGUCAUCUCCACCCUGGCACUUGUGAAUGCGUCUCUGCCAACCUUGUCCCUAGAAGAAUGGGAAAUUGUUAAAGAAACAGUGGACGUUAUCAAGCCCUUUGAGGAGGUCACAACUGAAGUGAGCGCUGAGAGGUUUGUGACUGCCUCCAAAGUCAUUUUAAUGGCAAGAGGCCUUCAGAGGUGUGUUGCCCGCAAUCAAAGGAAUCCCUCCAUCCAUGAACCUGUUAAAGGUCUCGUGGACAGCCUGAUGACAGAAAUGUUGAAGAGGUUCAGUAAAGUGGAGUACAUUGAGAAGCUUGCUGAUGCUACCUGCUUGGACCAGAGGUUCAAAAAGCAAGCCUUUGUCAACAGCAAAGUAGCAGACGAAGUAGUGAAGAGAUUGACAUCAGCUGCAGCACGUGUUAACCCCCUCAAUAGGGAGGAAGCCGAGGAUCCACAUUCUGCUACAGCUGCCAGUACAGGGGCCAUGUUUUUGGAGGACUUUGAUGAGAGGGUUGCAACCUUUAGGCCUUCUACUUCCACACCAACUGUCUCUACUAAUGCCAUGAUGGAGAUGCGGGCUUACCUUGCUGAGCCACUUUUACCCCGCACAUCAGACCCUCUGGCAUGGUGGAUGAGGUGUUUAGGUGUUUACAAAAGCCUCAGCACCAGGGCACCAGAAACCGAAUACCAUCUGGCUGGAGCACAGCUGUUAAACUACACCUACAACAGCACCCCAGCUCGGAGAAGGAAGGCCCAGGAGCAGGUUAAACAGCCCACUGCUGGACCUCUAGGAGACCUCUACCGAUGCUGCCAGGGUGUUGCAGGUGCCCGGACUGGCACGAUGGGACAAGAAGGAGCCCCGACCGCAUUAGCAGGAGGGUCAUCAAACAUGAUGAGCGGCGUAAUAAAGGCUAAUAUAGCCCACAAGACCGUAUCUGAGACCUCCUCUCAACAACUGCGCCCGGGGACUCCGCCUCCCGGUUGUGCCACUCCGGACUCCGGCACACCUUCACCCCCCGACGACAGCUCCCCAGGACCCUGUGCCACCUCCUCUCCUUUCAGUCCUCUGCAGUCCGACUCCAACGCAGCAGGUGACCCACCUGGCUGCGGGACACCAAAGGCACCUGAAACCACAUCCUUCUGGACUACUGCCUUAAAAACGCCACCCCAGCUCCACCUAGGGGGGACCCAGGAACAAGCAGUCAGCAGAGAACUACGGGACCUAGGAGACCUCCACCUACACCACCAGGGAGACCCACGUGGCAACAGGACACCAAGGCACCCAAACCUCACCCUACUGGACCACAGCCCAAACAACAGCCCAGCUCCAGCUAGGCCCGGACACCACUUCUCCCCACCCCCACCCAGUGCCAGACAACACUGGAUGGCAUACAACCUCAACCCCAACGAUUGA